AUGACGCCCACACGAGACGCCGACGACGCCGCGAUGUUGCAUCUGCUUAAGGCUCUAUUGACGCCUUCAGUACAAGCCACAUCUCAAGCCAGUGAAAGCGACGACGACGACGACGACGAAGAAGAAGAAGAAGAAGAAGAAGAAGAAGACAAAAGAGCAGCAACCUGCUACUCAACGCAGAGCUGGAAGCGCCGGAAGGAGGAGCUACUGGCUCUACGGGCGAAGACUGUGGCGCUCACAUCCAAGCUAGAGACCUUGAAGCGGAUAAGGAACCCGUCCAGAUUCUGGCAAGACGUUGCAGAGGGCGAGAAGCGUCGAUAUGAGGCGGCCAAGGGCGAGAAUGGGCUGCUGAAGGUGCAGCUACAAACCAACAAGAAGGCGUUCAAGCACGUCAAGCAGUGUCUGGAGCUAUCCGAGAUCCAAAAGAGCAACAUCUUCAUGGGCGACGCUAUCGCAGCGAUGGCGCUGCAUGCUGAGAUGAACUCUGGGCAUCAUAAACAGUUUGUGACGUCCACGGUGUUCGACUUGCUCGAGAACCGCGCCAGGUUGACUGAGGAGGUGCGAUGCUUUGUCAGCGAUGACCCGAAGGAGUUGCUCAAGGAUAGGUUCCAGUACAUCAAGGAAGUUGCGGCUAAGAUUCAGCAGUACAACGUCUCGAAGUACGAGUCUUUGCUCCGCAAAAUCAUCAACGUCCAUGGUUUGACUGACGCUGAGGUUCCUGGUCUAGGCUUGGGUAAGACGUACAAGAUGGAUGAUGUCAAUGCUUGGAUUCAGAACGGGGAGUUUGCUUGUUUCUUCGAUUUCCACAGCAUGCUCACAUUCGGUAAGAAGCGCUCGGAUUAUGGCAAGCUGAAGCAGUGCAUUGGUCAGGUACCAGUAUUCGGAUUCAACUCUGGACGCUACAACAUCAACCUUAUCAAGGCGGACCUGUUUGCAGUCAUCGGUACUGACAACAUCACAUCAGUCAUCAAGAACCCUAGCUACAUGUGCAUCGCCACGUCAGACAUGAAAAUGCUUGACAUUGGCAACUAUGUUCCGGCAGGCACUAGCUAUGCGAAGUACUUGUCGACAUAUCUCGGUGAGUGCAAGUGUGAUGACAAGAUUCGAUGCGUCUGUGGCCUAGGAAAAGGCAUCUUCCCGUACGAGUACAUUACUUCAUUUGACGUACUCAGUCAGCCGGAAGUCCCUCCUAAGUCGGCGUUCGACAGUGCUCUUCGUAGCACUAGCAUCAGCGAUGAGGACUAUGUGCGGGUACAGUUCGUCUGGGAACACUAUGGCAUGAAGUCAAUCAAGGAUUUACUCAUUUGGUACAACAACCUCGAUGUAGUACCCUUCAUCAAGGCCAUCAAAGCCCAGCGAGAACUAUUCAAACGUUCCGAACUUGAUAUGUUCACUGAUGGUGUUCGCUUAAGUGGAUAUAAGACCCAGGAUGCUGAUGCCGAUCGUGAAUUCAAUAUGACGCUAGAACACCUCAACGACUUGCUAGAGCGACGAAAGUACCUGUGUGGGCUAUGCUACAAGCAACUCACAGCUGAUACUGCCUCGGCUGACCGAAUCAAUAACAAGCUCGGACACAUCGAUGGUAAUAUCUUGAUCAGCUGUGUGGGAUGCAACGUUGCUCACAAGAACAUGCCGCUAAAGGGCUUUCGCCACAAGAAGCUACUUGAAUUCGACUCAGACAGGUUGGUGUACAGUAUCGAUAGAGAGGAGAAGGACAUCUACACCAAGAUGAAUGCGAACAUUGCUGGUGGUCCUUCUAUCAUCUUCAACAGAUACGCGAAACGCAACGAGAUCAAGAUUCGAGGGGGUAGGAUCUGCAAAAAGAUCAUCGGCUACGAUGCUAAUGCUCUGUAUUUGUGGGCUCUUGGUAAUGAGAUGCCAUGUGGACGGUUGACUACCAUCGAAGCAUACACAGGGAUCGUCGAUGAUAUUGUAUAUGACAAGAUCUUUGGCUUCCUCGAGUGUGAUAUCCGUACACCAGAGCACCUCAAACCCUACUUCAGUGAAAUGACCCCAAUUUUCAAGAACACCCUUAUCGACUGCAGCGAUCGGAGUGUCAUCGGUCAGCACAUGUUCGAGUACAACGAGGAGCGCAAGCACAGCCGGCUCGCAAACUCAUCGGGAGCUACUUUGAUGAUGAAACUGGUUGGUAAUAGUGCGUUUGGUCGAUCUGGCAUGGACAUGAGCAAGCACAAGGAGGUCAGGUAUGAGUCGGAUGAUAAGGCAAUCAAGGCCAAGAUUGAGCACUUCACCUUCCAUGGAAUGGAAGAGCUGAAUGAUUCAUGUGAAUUCACUAUGAAGAAGCGAAAGUUCAACAAUAAGGACCCAAUUCAUCUAUCGAUUGCAAUCUAUCAGCUCGCUAAGCUCCGUAUGUUGCAAUUCUACUAUGAUUGCAUUGACUUCUACUUCGACCGUUCGGAAUUCCAGUACCAAGAAAUGGACACAGACUCGGCUUAUAUUGCGUUCAGCUGUGAAAAGCCAUUCGUUGAGUGUAUCAAGCCCGAGCUUCGUGAGCAUUUUCAGCAGCAUAAGUACGAGUGGUUUCCACGUGAUUAUAGCGAAGAGAUGGCUCAGUUUGAUCGCCGAACGCCAGGUUUGUUCAAGGAUGAGUGGUCUGGUGAUGCUAUGGUCAAGGUUUCAGCGAAGGGAGUCCAGCAGAGUGGUGGCCGCAAUGGCGACGUCCUCAACCCAGAUGGCUUUGAAUCAGUUGUUUGCGAUCGCAUCACGCUACAGGGCACCAACAAGGGGUUUAGACUCAGUAAGGAGACCUUGUACCAGAAGGCUAAAGAACUGGAGCCGAAGAUUACGAUGAAAAUCGUCAAGGAAUGGUACUCAAACCAGAGCGAUAUUCAGCGAUUUCAGGAGCAGAAGAAGCGAUACGAUGGUUCCGGAGGCAGCUAUGGUGACAAUAGCGACCUCAACGUCGCUGAGUUGAAAGCUAUCAUGAAGAACCUCAUCAUUCAUGAUCGUCCCCAGAAGACCCAAGCCGCUGUGUGGGCUACUGACCUCGACAAGUCGACCAAGAAGCUUCGUGACAGCUCCGUUGUCCGUGGCAGCUUGGUGCCUCACCCCAGGUUGAAGAAGAGGGGCGAAGGUGGAGAGGACGCCGGAGCUGUCAAGGCCAUCAGCUACUUGCUGAUGAUGCGGUUGAUGGGCUGCUUGGACUGUUGGAGGCGCUUGGGCGCCGGGAUCCACGCCGACGCCGAUGCCACCAGUCGCCUGCGCAUGGGCGACUGGCUGCUUGAAAUGCUUGGGCUGCUUGGGCUGGUGAACGUCCACGCCGGUGCCGAUGCCGCCCACCGCACGGUGGGGGCGCAAUGGCAGCCGACGGCGGAGCCAGCCGUGGAUGGAUGCUUGGUGUGCUGGGGCUGCUGGUGCUGCUGGGGCCGCUUGGGCAGGUUCUGGCACCACGCGCUGUGGGGGCCUAAGGGCUGCAAUGCCGGCGCAAAGACGGAUGCUUCAUGGGGACUUGGUCGGCUUGAUGGGCGCGGCCGCGAUGCUGAGGCCACCGACAGCAUGGUGAAGACGCCUGGAAGAGACAGAGGCUGCUAG